AGGGAGCAGCGGCGGGAGCAGCGGCGGCAAUGAGGAGGCGGCGCUGAGGAGGCGGCGGUAGCCGGAGCGGACGGAACCGACAUCUUGUGCCCUCCCCUCCCGCCGCCGGCUGGGUGAGCCCGUCCGCCCCAGGGGGGAGGGGAGGGGGAGGCGGAAAAAGAGGAUUUAAAAAAAAAAAAUCUGCAAGAGGAAAAAAAAAAAAGCCAAAAACCAACACACCCCCCUUAAAAAAAAAAAAAAAAAUUCCUCAAAAGAAGGCGGUGGCGGCGGCGGCAACGGUGGAGACCGCCGCGGCGGCGGCACUGAGGCGGCCAGGGUCUCUGGACCGCAGCGAUGAGGAAGCCUCGGAGGAGGUCCCAGCAGAACCUGGUGGGCAGACGUUCCCCCUCACCCUACAGCCUCAAGUGCUCCCCAACUCGGGAGACCCUGACCUAUGCCCAGGCCCAGAGGAUCGUGGAGGUGGACAUCGACGGGCGGCUUCAUCGCAUCAGCAUCUACGAUCCUUUAAAAAUCAUCACAGAGGAUGAGCUGACUGCCCAGGACAUCACAGAAUGCAACAGCAACAAGGAAAACAGUGAGCAGCCCCUUUUCCCUUCCAAAUCUAAGAAAACACCUUCCAAAGGCAAGAAGAAGGAGUCUUGCUCCAAACAUGUGUCAGGGAUGUCUUUACACUUGCCGCAGCCCAAGUUCCGUGUGGUGGACUCCUUCAGCCAGCCAGGUGCCUCUCCUCUCCCUGCUGCCUACUACCGCUACAUCGAGAAGCCUCCCGAGGAUCUUGAAGUAGAGGUGGAGUAUGACAUGGAUGAGGAGGAUCUGGCAUGGCUGGAAAUGGUCAACGAGAAGAGAAAGGACGAUGGUUAUGGGAUGGUUUCCCCUGACACUUUUGAGCUGCUGGUGGACCGGUUGGAGAAGGAAUCCUACCUGGAGAGCCGGAACAACGGGGCUCAGCAGUCCCUCAUUGAUGAGGAUGCUUUCUGCUGUGUCUGCAUGGAUGAUGAGUGUCACAACAGCAAUGUCAUCCUGUUCUGUGACAUCUGCAACCUGGCCGUGCACCAGGAGUGUUACGGCGUGCCCUACAUCCCCGAGGGGCAGUGGCUUUGCCGCUGCUGCUUGCAGUCCCCUUCUCGCCCUGUGGAUUGUGUCCUGUGCCCAAACAAAGGUGGAGCCUUCAAGCAGACCAGUGAUGGCCGCUGGGCUCACGUGGUUUGUGCCAUCUGGAUCCCAGAGGUCUGCUUUGCAAACACUGUGUUUCUGGAGCCCAUUGAAGGGAUAAAUAACAUCCCCCCGGCUCGGUGGAAGCUCACAUGCUACAUCUGCAAACAGAAAGGCAUGGGAGCUGCUAUCCAGUGCCACAAGGUGAACUGUUACACUGCCUUCCAUGUCACCUGUGCUCAACGGGCUGGUCUCUUCAUGAAGAUAGAACCCAUGAGAGAGACCAGCAUCAACGGCACGACGUUCACCGUGCGCAAGACUGCCUAUUGUGAGAGUCAUUCCCCCCCUGGGAUGGUGAAAAAAGGGUUUCCAGCUGCCAGCAGUGAGAGGCAGAAGGACACUGUGAAGGCAGAGGGAGAGGAGGAAGCCAAUUUGGGCCCUCCCAAAGGGUCUCUGAAAAAGAACCAAGUGAAAUUGAAGCAGAAGAUCAAAAAGGAGCCUGGUGAUGUGACCUGCGGGUGUUCAUCUCUGCCCAUGGUGACAGUUGCACAAAUCCCCUCUUACAGGUUGAACAAAAUCUGCAGUGGCCUCUCCCUCCAGAGGAAGAACCAGUUCAUGCAGAGGCUCCACAACUACUGGCUGCUGAAGCGGCAGGCGAGGAACGGGGUGCCCCUGAUCCGCCGUCUGCAUUCCCACCUCCAGUCCCAGAGGAAUGCUGAGCAGAAGGAGCAGGAUGAGAAGACCAGUGCAGUGAAGGAGGAGCUGAAGUACUGGCAGAAGCUGCGGCACGACCUGGAGCGAGCGCGGCUGCUGAUCGAGCUGAUCAGGAAGAGGGAAAAGCUCAAAAGGGAGCAGGUCAAGCUGCAACAGGCUGCCAUGGAGCUACAGCUGACCCCUUUCAAGGUGCUGCUACGCACAACUUUGGACCUCCUGCAGGAGAAGGAUGCUGCCCAGAUCUUUGCAGAACCUGUGGACCUGCAGGAGGUUCCAGAUUACCUGGAAUUCAUUUCCAACCCAAUGGAUUUUUCCACCAUGAGGCGGAAGCUGGAGUCCCACCUCUACCGAACCUUGGAGGAGUUUGAGGAAGACUUUAACCUUAUAGUUACCAACUGCAUGAGGUAUAAUGCUAAAGACACGAUUUUCCACCGAGCAGCUGUCCGGCUCAGAGACCUCGGCGGAGCGGUUUUGCGUCACGCGCGGCGUCAGGCUGAAAGCAUCGGCUUUGACACUGAUGUGGGGGUUCACCUGCCCGAGUCACCCAAAACCCAGGACUUUUACCACUUUUCUUGGGAGGAUGUGGAUAACAUCCUCCUCCCAGAGAACCGGGCUCACCUUUCCUUGGAGGCUCAGCUGAAGGAGCUGCUGGAGAAGCUGGACAUGGUGAGCACCAUGAGGUCCAGUGGUGCCCGGACCCGACGCAUCCGUCUGCUGAGACGGGAGAUCAACUCCAUCCGGCAGAAGCUGCCCCAGCAGCAGAGCAAGACCAUGGCCAAUGAAGAGCCUGUGCUGCAGGAAGAGGGGCUGGAUAAAGCAUUGAGGGAAGGAGAAAAAGCAGAUGAUGCCAAGCCCCCGUACCCUCCCACACUGGAGCCCACAGGACCUGCACCCUCCUUCUCUGAGCUGGACUCUCUGCAGGACCCACCCACCCUCAAACCCAUCAAUGAAAGCAAAUCCUUAAAUCAGCUGCAGAAGAAGGUGGUGCCAGACAGGGAACUCUUUGACAAGAAGACUCUGCAGAGGGAGAGCCAAGCCUUCCAGCGCCUGCUGAGUGACAAUGGCCUGAACGGCCUUUCCCUACCCCCUGCAGACACCCCCACCAGCCCCCCCUUCAGCAGCGUGGGCAGAAGGACAUCUGUCCUUUUUAAAAAAGCUAAGAAUGGGGUGAAGCUGCAAAGAGGCCUGGACUGCUCCUUGGAGAAUGGGGAGAACCACGGGCAGGUUUCACCCUCUCGCCCUGAGGGGGAGCGACCGACUCGGAAGAGACCUCAGAGCAGAACCUGCAGUGAGAGUGAGGGAGAGAAGUCACCCAGGCAGGCAGGACAGAGAGGAGUGACAAAUGGCUUUGCCAAGCACGUGGAGAGCAGCUCUGACUCUGAGUGUGGCCCUGGCAUGGGUGCUGGAUUGGUGUUUGAAGCCUGCAGUGGUUUGAUGCCUCCCAAGAGGAGCCGGGGGAAGCCAGCUCUGUCUCGGGUGCCCUUCUUGGAAGGUGUGAAUGGAGACUCUGAUUUCAGCAGCUCAGGAAGGACUCUCCUGAUGUCCUUUGAGAGUCAGGCUGAGCUGGAGCCCCUGGAGCUGGUGUGGGCCAAGUGUCGUGGGUAUCCCUCCUACCCUGCCCUGAUAAUAGACCCCAAGAUGCCACGUGAGGGUUUGCUCCACAACGGAGUCCCCAUCCCUGUCCCACCCGUGGGUGUGUUGAAGUUGGGGGAGCAGAGGCAAACAGAGGCAGGAGAAAAGCUCUUCCUUGUCCUCUUCUUUGACAACAAGAGAACCUGGCAGUGGCUUCCACGUGACAAAGUCCAUCCCUUGGGUGUGGAUGACACCGUGGACAAACUGAAGCUGAUGGAAGGGCGCAAAACCAACAUCCGCAAGUCGGUGCAGGUGGCCUACGACAGAGCCAUGGUCCACCUGAGCAGGGUCAGGGGAGACCACCCCUUGGUCACCUCCAGCUAUCUGUGAGGGCUCGGGGUGGCCCCCCCUUUUCCUCCAGACCUGGAGCAAAGUCUCCUCCCAUCAGCAGAGAGGAUCAGCUGGUGCUCUGGCUGGCCGGGGGAUUGCAGGUCCCAGCAGCUCUCAGCUCUCCUCCAAGUACCUUGAGACGUGCCAAAAAAAAACCCCACCCCAAACAAACCAAAACAAGAAGGAAAAAAAAAGCCUGUCCAGCUUCUUUCUGAAUGUGUCUCACUGAAGAGCUGGCAGGAGAGGAAAUGUAGAAUCCACAGGGCCAGUGAGGGAGGUUGGAGAAGCUGCAGGGUGAGGGAGCCAAGGGGAGGUGGUGCAGGGAGCAGAGCACAGAGCUGGGAUGGUCCCACCUCACCCCUGUGCCACCAGGGCUCUGGAGUCAUCAACCAGCCCUAAUUCCUGGGAACUCAAACCAGGAUCCUUUAUGGAAAUCCCAACUGGACUUCUCUUGUGCCAAAUUUACCCUAAUAACCACCAUUGGCCUUUUUCUUUCUUUUUUUUUUUUUUUUUAGGUGACAUUAAACAGAAACCAUAGCUGGGAGUUGGUGUUACAAUUUUCCUGCCUACAUUUGUUGUGUUUUCAUGUUCAGUUUCUCAUUUAUAAAAGCUUGGGGUGUUUUGGUGACCUUUCCCCUCUGCUGCACACACAUAGAUGCUCAGAUGCACAGAGCUUUAAACACAAAAAGCAUUUUUAAACACCUGAUUCUUGUGUGUGUAUCCUAGAAAUUUAUUUGGUAACUUCACAUUUAAAUUCUGAUUCCUGUGAGCAAGCUUGUUCCAGUACCAUUUCAUAUCAUGGUUUUAGCACAGUACUGAGUCCAAGCAAAGAUAACUUCUAUUUUUGUUUUUCUAAGCAAAAAUUCUCUAAUUUUGGAGGUGCCUGAUGAGCUGGAACAGCUUUGCAGGCACUGAGGCUGAUCAGGGUUGGAGGGAGAUGCAUCUUUUGUGUUGCUUUCUGCACAUUUGCUGUAUCCUCUUCCUUUCUCCCCCCCUCUCCUCCCCUUUUUUUGGUCUUUUUUUCCUCUCUUCUAACAUUUUCCUUUGCCUUGGUUCAGGUUGAAACCAAGCACCAAGAGCCCACGACCAUUUUGCCUUUCCAUCCAGUAGGACCCAAGGAAACCCAACUCUGCAGACAAUCCCUGGUGGUUUGGGUUUGCAUUGCAAGAAAAAAAACCAACCAAAAAUCACACCAACCAAACAAAAAGAUUUCAUUACAGGUGAUUUUUGGGAAGUUGAUGACAAAAACCUUUUAUAUCAGCCAAGGACUUUCUGAUUUCCCUGAUCUCUUCUUGUUGGGUCUCCCUGGUUUUGGUUUUGUUUUUUUUUUUUUUACUUUCCCAUUUUAAGAACCAAAGGUGCAGAGCAAGAUUGUAGAUUGAAUAAUCAUCAUUUUGCUUUUUAACUUGGUGUUUUUAAAGUUAUUUUAACUUUUUUCAUACUGAAGAGAAUGUGGGGUCUAAAAUAAUAAUAAUAAUAAUAAAUAAUAAUAAUUAAUAAUAAUAGUGAAUAGUAGGGAGUGAUCACUGCCAUUUCUACUUGGUCUACUUUUUUAAAAUACCACUUCUUAUACAUUGGGACAUGGAACCACACUUUAGGGAAGAUUCCUGUAACAUAUAGAGAUGGGGCAUAGGAUUUUGUAAAAAUAAUAAGAAGAAUAAUGCCUAUGGAGUGGGGCUAGGGAAGGAUGUUGUGUAUAUACUUGUAAAAUAUUGUUCUAAAUUAUUUAGAUUUAUUGUCACCAUUCUUGGAAGUCCUCAGUUGUGUUGCUGGGUCUUUUAUAUGCACACAGUGUAAUUUAUUUCAAGGAACAUAACACUUUUACCAGGUGGUAGCUCAGCUGUGGACUUGUGACCUGUGUAUAUGUUUUAAGAUCUUGGGGGUUUGUUUGGUUUUGGGGUUUUUGGUUUGUUUAUUUUUUUUUUUUUGGGGGGGGGGGGUUUGUUUUCUUCUGGUUUUGGUUUUUCUUUGGUUGUUUUGUUGGUUUUCUUUUUUUAAUGAUAUUUUAGGAUUGGAAUUGGCUGAUAUCCUGCUGUUGCUACGGGACCUAAACAUUACUGUCAGUCUGCUGUAAAGCACAGAUUGCUCUAUUUAUUGUAGAAAGUGAGUUUAUUUGCUUUCUAGAAUUGUUUAUAUCAGAUGGUAUAAGAGAGGUAAUAAGAAAAAAAAUCUAUGCUUGUAAAGAGAAAAGCUAAUUUUAAUUUUACCUACUAUAAUCUGACUGUCUGAGACUCUAUUUUCUCUCUGAGAAAUAAAUGUUCUAAUGGAUUAAAAAAAGAAAAAAAGAAUCAAA